CGUGUUGAGCUCCCGCGAGGCCAUCUCCGACCUUCUUGAGAAGAGGAGCUCAUGUACUCGGAUCGACCGGUGGUCCCCAUGGCGGGCGUAUUGUACGAUAACGCAUGACUGACGUUGAAGAUAAUUGAUUCAUUCACAUCAUACAGGGCCGGUAUGGAGCAAUUCACCGCGUUGGCCCCGUACGGACAGCGUCAUCGAGAAGGACGAAAGCUGAUUCUAGGGGCGAUUAGCACUCGCAAAGCACCAGAACUACAUAUCAUUGAAGAAUCGCAGAUGGCUGAUUUUAUCUCAAGGCUAGCCCGUAGCCCAUCCGAGCUCCGGUCCCAUAUCCGUUGGCUCGUGGCAAGCACUGUACUCCAGAUUACUUACGGAAUCAACGCGGACAGCUACGAUGACCCAUUCAUUCGCGCAGUUGAGAGGGCACUGAAUGACUUCAGCGAAAUCUCGGCACCGGGCGCGUAUCUCGUCGACGGGUUUCCCUUCUUGAGGCACAUACCAGAGUGGUUUCCUGGAGCGUCGUUCAAGAGAAUAGCGAGAGAAGUCAGUGAUCGGGGUCAUAAGCUGGAAAGCAAGCUAUACAAGACAGCACGAGACCAACUGGACUACGGAACAGCCAGGCACUCGUUCGUGGCUGAUUUACUUGCAGAUAAUCACAGUCCUACUCCUGAGGAGCAUGAACUGUACCAACAAGUGUCCACUCAGUUCUUCGGUGGUAAGUGCACAACAGGAUAAUCAAGCGUUAAUUUGAGUGUCGGUGUUCUUGCGUCGGCAGCCGGCUCGGAUACAUCUCGUCGCUUCUCUCAUUCUUCCUCAUCAUGUC